AUGACGGAGGCUGAAAAGAUAAAGGUGGAGAAGCCAGACUUCGACGCGUAUAAUGAGAAGCUGAGUAGCAUUUCGGAGUCGAUUGAUCAAGUGAAGAAGAAAAUUGAAAAUUUGCAAAAGGAGAUAAAAGUGGCGAACAAGGGUAAGGAGGAAUUCAAUAAAAAGAAAAAGGACAUAGUGACAAGGAUCGAUGGAGUACAGCAGGAGAUAGAUAAGCUCGAAAAUGAAAGGAGAAAAAUAUUAGAAGAAAUGGAUAAAAAGCAAAAGCAUAAAAAGGAACUGAAAGUGAAUGCACAGAAUAUGAAGAAGCAAAUAGGGUUCCACAAUGAAGAAGAUAUAGAAAAAAAAAUUAAAGAAAUUGAAAAUAAGCUCAUGACCUCCACCAUUUCCAUUAAGGAAGAAAAGUUACUCAUUAAUCAAAUACAAGCAUUGAACAAAAAUAAACCACUGCUGUCUUCGUAUAGCAAAAUGGAAAAUGAAGCUAGCAAAUACGAUGAUGAAACCAUUGUGCCACUUAAAAGUCGCAUGGAUUCUAUUCGAGAACAAAUUAAUAAACUGAGAAAUGAAAAGAAGAAUGAAAGAAAUAAAUUGAAGGACUUGCAAAAUAGCUACCAGGAAAAAAAUAACAAAUUAAAUGAACUCAAUAAUUUAAGAGAUAGCUAUUCUAAAAAAAUGAACAGCUAUUUUAUAGAAAGAAGAAAUUUAACAGUGGAGAUGGACGAGAAGAGGCAGCAGUAUAGAAGUUACAAAAUGAAUUUACUUCAAGCCAAGCAGGAAAAGUUGAAGGAAGACAGGGAAAGGAAGAAUCUAGAAGUGGAAAAACUGUCGCUAGAGAAGGAACUUGAAGACAUAGACCUGCUGCCCUACAGGGAAGAGCUAGCCCUCAUUGAAAACAUGCUUGUGUAUUUGAGGAAAAUACAAGAAGAGACAAAAUUGGAGGAAGCGAAGAAGCAGCAAAAUAACGCCGCGGCGAAGAAGCAGCAACAUAACUCCGCGCCGAAGCAACAAAGUAACGCCGCUGAAAAGCAGGCCAAUGGAGAUGUGAAUGGUGCGGAGAACAACGAACAGAAAGAGAAAGCGGAGGAGGUACAGGAGAAAGGCAAAAAUGAGGCAAAAAAAAACAAAGGCAAAAAGGACAAGCAAAAAAUUUUCAAAUUGGAUAUGAACAUCCUCUGCUACUUUGUCACCGCGGGUAUAAAUCCCCCCGUCAGUUUUGACGAGGUCGAUUCUUGCAUAGCCAAGUUGGUACAGAAGAAGGACUUUUACGAGACCAAGCGGGACGAGAGCGUAAAAAAUGUGGAGAACAGGCGGGCGGACCUCACGGGAAAAAUUAAGGAAAUUGAGGACAAAUUGACGGCCUUCAAGCCCAGCGAGCAGCAGAGACCCCCGAAGCCCAACAAGGCCUGA